CGGCUGAACCCCACACACCUGACUCGUGCUGCCUUCAGGAGAGAUGUGUUUGACACUUCGCAGCUGUUUGCCCUGCAGAUCCUGCAGAGAAGCUUUGUCAGAGUAUUGCUCUAAACGUUUCAUCACCCGGACAAGAAUGCGGACCCGGUCAGAAUCAGCGGAAACGGUCGAUCUCAGGGUGAACCGUCCCCCGGAUCAAAGUGGAAAACCCGAAGGAGGACGAUGGUUUAAAUUAAAUUUAUGGGGAGGUCAGAAAGCUCAGAGCCAGGCUGUUGUCGGGAACACCACUCCCCCGACUGGAGGACGCUACUCACCGACGGACAAGGAGCCGAAAACCGUGGCCCUCACAUUGGAAGAAAUCCUUGCGGCAAAAGAUGUUCAACACUUGUGUGAGGCCAGCCGGCAGCUGAUACAGAGAGAGGAGCGUCUGUUUGGGGUGAUAAUGGAGACAGAUUCCCUCACACGUAAUGCAGAAGAAGUAGACAAGCUUGCAGUGGACUACAAGAACCUGAAAUCCCUUAUUUUCACGACUCUGGGACUAUCUCUCGGCCCGGGAGAAGUCAGUGUGGAGGCCCUGACGUCAGCUGUGAAGGCCUUAAACCAGGAAGUCGACCAGGACCAGCAGUGGAAAAAGGAGAAUCGGCCAACGCCUGCCUGGAGACAUGACGACUUGAAGAAGCUCCACGAGUCGACGCUUCGCAGCCUGGUGGAGGAUCGUAUGGACAACCCUACGUCGCCCCUUGCUGAUAAGGGGGAGAUGUCAUCUUUUCAAGUGGAUGUAAACAGCAUGGGCAGGCAGCUGAAGGAGGACCUGCUGCUGGUGGUGGAAGUGGUGAAGAGAUGCUACCCGCCCGAGCAGGACAUCUGUAACUUCUAUGCCGGGUUGUACCACCAAACCUUCAGUUCCAGACUCAGAAAGAUCGCAGACUUUGGAUUGGAGGACAAAGACUGCACUUUCCUCCUGCGCUGGGUGAACGAGUAUUAUCCACAAAUCCUUCAAAAGCCAGAGCUGUCCUGUCAAAUCAAUGCUGAAGUGUUGGGAAAGCUGCUGCCUGAAGAGUUACUGAAACCUCUGGAGGAACAAUUCCUGAGCAAACAACAGGAAGUGCUGCAGACUUACAUCGUCCGUGUCCUGGAGGAAGCAGAGCAAAGGUGGAGAAAAGGGGAGGAGCCGACAAGAGAGGACGGCUGCUUCGUCAGUCAUGUGGCCUACGACAUCAUUCAGCUUGUCCACGGCAUGGUGUCUACAGCUGCGACGAUUGUGGGAGACAUACACAAGGCCCAGAUAAUAACGAGCCGACUGAAGGCUUUGUUGCCGAGUUUCCAGACCUUCCAAAACAACGUCAUGAAGCAGAACAAACCAAACAGCCAGCCGAUCAUCAAGGCAAACCUCGGCUGCAUCCAACAGUUCAUGGAGCUCUUCAAUAAGAAGCGUCAUCUGUUCCAGGACGAUGUGCAGACAAAGUGUUUGCAGAUUCUGACUGACAUGAAACAGUCUGCCCACACUUAUUUACUGAAACCUGUGCAUGUCGUGCUCAAGCCAAAGUACAACCUGCUGGGAACCAGUGACUGGCUGAAUAAGCCUGAAGUGUUUGAGAAGCUGCUGGACAGCAUGGAAAAGGAGAUUCAGGAUCUUCAGGGCUCCAUUCAAUCCUGUCACCAGGAGCUGGUUGGUCAGCUGCACCAGGAUGUGACAGCAGAAUAUGUGAAGAGGCUCCUGAAAGUAAAAGUCAAACUGAAGGACAGGGAGCAGCAACAUAAGGCCUACCAGAAGAUCAAAGACAACGCAGAGAGUUUGCAAGACUUGUUUGGAAGAAUGGGGUCAAAGGAGGAUUGGCUGAAUGAAAUACUGACCAAGAUUGCAGAAGUGCUGAAACUGCAGGAACUCCCGGCAAUACAGAUGGAAGUCGUGUCACUCGGGACUUCUUUCCCAGACCUCAGUGAGAAACAUGUUUCAGCUCUCCUCAAGCUCAAGACCAACGUUUCCAAAGACAACAGGAAAACGGUCAAAGACACUCUGUCUGAUUAUCUGAAAGAAAUCGACAAUGUCGCUAGUCGACCAUUUUUCUCCAAAGUCCAGGUGAAAUAAGAGCCAUGCACUCCAGUGUUACGUUCAGUUCUCCUUAUUUCAGCCUUUUUAAAGAUGGCGGCUGAGAGUGAGCCUGCACAGUAUCAUGUGUUAUAGACUUUUGUAUUUGCUCAGUUUUGUCGAGCUGGACACCGAUGUUUGGAGUCCGAGUAGAUCAGAUUAAUUCUCCGUUACUGUAUGAAUGUAUAUGCUGCAGCUCAUGUUGUUGCUGCUCAGUACUGUGCGUCUUACUGCUAAAAAAAAAAAAAAAGACAUGUAGUAGAGAGUCUUUGCUGUGUUUUGUCUCAGAGAUCAGUGUUGUCAGAGUUAGUCUAUACUUUUAUAUGAAGACAGUGUUAUCAUUUUUUUAUACAUUAAUGUGCAUUAAUGAGAAAUCUCCAGCUGUAAAGUUUUAUUUUUUUAUUUUAUUUUUUUGAUAUUGUAAAUCAAGAUUAUAAAUAAAUGUGAUGAAAGCUC